AUGAGGGAUUUGAUGCGAUUCCACGAUCCGCUUAGUGCUGAAAAGACAUUUGGUGGCAAGACUGUUGUAUUUGGGGGUGACUUUAGGCAAAUAUUGCCUGUUAUACCUAAAGGUACAAGGCAAGAUAUUGUAUCAGCUACCAUAAAUUCUUCUUAUCUUUGGGAUACAUGUAAAGUUCUUAGGUUAACAAAGAAUCUCCGAUUAAAUAGAAUGGACCCCGAGGUUGAUCUACAACAAGUUGAAGAUUUUGCAGAAUGGCUUGCAUCUAUCGGAGAUGGAACAAUGGGAGGUCCAAAUGAUGGUUAUGCAAAUGUUAACAUCCCACAGGAAAUGUUGUUGCCAUCUACCGGUGACCAUAUAGCAACAAUUGUAGAUAGUACAUUCCCAAUGUUCAAAAAUGGUGGAUGUGACCAUAGCUACCUUGAAAGUCGAGCAAUAUUGGCUCCAACACUUGAUGUUGUUAACGCCAUAAAUGAGUAUAUGAGUCAGUUGCAUGUAGCUGAGAGCAAGACUUAUUUCAGUUGCGACACAGUUUGUAAGUCUGAUUCAAGCAACGGUAUCCUUUCAGAUGUGCACACUCCUGAGUUUCUAAAUGGAUUGCGAGCAUCUGGUAUCCCUAACCAUGCAUUAACUCUAAAGGUGGGAUCCCCUGUAAUGUUAUUGAGGAAUAUAGACCACUCGCUUGGUUUAUGCAAUGGUACGAGGUUGGUCAUCACUAGGUUAUCGGACCAUGUUGUGGAAGCAAAAAUUGUGACUGGUAACAGCUCUGGUACAAUGGUUUUAAUACCUAGGAUGUCAAUGACCCCAUCAGAUCCAAGAUUGCCAUUCAAAUUCCAAAGAAGACAAUUCCCUCUUAUGUUGUCGUACGCAAUGACCAUAAACAAAAGUCAAGGACAGACACUGUCUCAUGUAGGUUUGCUGUUGAAGAAACCAGUGUUUGUACAUGGUCAAUUGUACGUUGCUGCGUCUAGAGACGUUACACUGGUUUACAUUCCAUCUCCUGGAAUGGGUCACCUUGUUUCUGCUGUGGAAACAGCAAAGCUCCUUCUACAAAACAAACAUCAACUCUCCAUUUACAAUCUUGCUCCUGAAUAUGCCUGCAAUUGA